GGGCCGCGGGCCGGGACCUGUUGAACGCAGGUAGCGCUCCCUAGCCGCGCUCCCUCGGGACCGGGGCGACUGCGCAUGCUCGCCGGCGGCGCUGGGCCGGGAGCCGAGCGCCCGUGACGAACCGACAGCCGGCUUGUGGUGGUUGCGGUUGCGGCGAUGGCGAUGUGAGUGGGCCCGGGGCGGGAUGGUGCUGACCCGGGGGAGGACGCCUUCCAGCCGGACGCGGGGCUCCUCCUCCGCCGCACGGGCGCGAGCCGAGGCCGCGAGGCCGGAGAGGGUUGAAGACCAGCUGGAAUAUGUAUUUCAUUCUGGAAUCUCCCACAAACAACCUACAAACAAUAUGUUCUUCCUAAUGUUAUCUAUGCCAGGGGGAACAAUAUAUUUUUAACAACAAGAACCAGUAACUGGAAAUACAAGAUUGGUUAUUUAAUAAUAUAAAAUGAAGAUUUGAUCAGCAGAGGGUGCUAUUACCAGAAUUGUCCUCUGGGUAUAAAUUAAAAAUGACUGAAGUUCAAGCAAUGGUAGAAUUCUCCGUGGAGCUAAACAAGUUCUACAAUGUGGAUUUAUUCCAAAGAGGUUUCUACCAAAUACGUGCAUCAAUGAAAAUCCCACCAAGAAUUCCCCACAGAGUAGAAGCCAGUUUGUUACAUGCUACAGGUAUGACAUUAGCCUUUCCAGCUUCAGUUCAUGAUGCUCUGGUUUGUAGUAAAACUUUUCAGAUCCUAUAUAAAAAUGAAGAAGUUGUUUUAAAUGAUGUCAUGAUCUUCAAAGUUAAAAUGUUGUUGGAUGAAAGAAAGAUAGAAGAAACCCUUGAAGAAAUAAAUUUUUUGUUAUCCUUGGAUCUGCAUUUCACAGAUGGAGACUAUUCGGCAGAUGAUUUGAACGCCUUACAGCUAAUAAGCAGUCGAACACUGAAGCUGCAUUACAGCCUCUAUAGAGGACUUCAUCAUCACGUGAAUGUGAUGUUUGAUUAUUUCCAUCUUGCUGUUGUAUCCGUCACAGUCCAUGGGUCAUUGGUUGCACUACACCAGCCACUAAUAAGCUUUCCUCGCCCUGUGAAGACUACUUGGUUAAAUAGAAAUGCACCAGCACAAAGCAAAGACUCGGCGAUUCCUACUCUGGAAAGUGUAGUCUUUGGUAUUAACUACACAAAACAGUUAUCACCAGAUGGUUGUAACUUCCUCAUUGCAGAGCCCUUCCUACAUCAUGCCUAUCAUUUUCAUUAUACGCUUUGUGCUACUUUGCUGCUGGCCUUCAAGGGAUUGCACAGCUACUUCAUUACGGUAACAGAAGAGAUUCCCUCUUGUCAGAAACUAGAACUGGCCAAGGCCAGCAUGCAGGUCCUAUAUGAGCGCCUCCUCAGAAGAACACAGCCAGGAACCCAGAGCGACACACAUCUAGAGGAAAUGGAUGUAGAAACUCGUCUUACUGAACUGUGUGAAGAAGUUAAGAAAGUAGAGAACCCUGAUGAACUGGCAGAGCUGAUCAACAUGAACCUUGCACAGCUUUGCUCACUUCUCAUGGCUUUAUGGGGCCAGUUUCUGGAAGUUAUAACCCUGCAUGAAGAAUUAAGAGCACUGUUAGCACAGGAACACCACACCUUGAGGGUUCGCAGAUUUUCGGAGGCAUUCUUUUGUUUUGAACAUCCAAGAGAAGCUGCCAUUGCUUAUCAAGAACUUCAUGCUCAGAGUCAUCUACAGAUGUGCACCGCUAUCAAAAAUACUUCCUUCUGCAGUUCUCUUCCACCCCUACCUAUUGAAUGUAGUGAAUUAGAUGGAGAUCUCAAUUCAUUACCUAUAAUCUUUGAAGAUAGGUAUUUAGAUUCAGUUAUUGAAGACUUAGAAGCGCCCUGGAUGGGAAUUCAGAGUCUUCAGCUAUCAGAGGCCAGUAGAAUGGAUAAACAUGAGACUGAAGAAAGCUCUGUAGCAGGACUUUCUAGCCCAGAGUUGAAAGUCAGACCUGCUGUUGCCUCCAGUAUUUGCUAUACAGAAGGUGAAAAGCAGCUAACAAAACCUCUAAAAGGAAAAAAUGAAGAAUCAAAUAAAUCCAAGGUUAAGGUCACUAAGCUCAUGAAAACAAUGAAACCAGAGAACACGAAAAAGUUAAUAAAACAGAACUCUAAAGAUUCUGUCGUUCUAGUAAGCUACAAAUGUUUGAAAAAUACAGCAUCAAGUGAUCUCACUAAAUGCUUUGAAGGCAAUCCUUCACAUAGUCAGAAGGAAGGUCUGGAUCCCACACUAUGUGGACAUAAUUUUGACCUAAAAGCCUACAUCAGACAGACAAGUCAAAAGGAAGCUAGCUCUUUGCCAGCUAAUACAGACAGAACUGAAUACAAGUCUCCAGAUACUGAAAAUAUGCAACCAGACCAGUUCGAUCUCUUGAACUCUGGCAGCCUAAAUCUUUGUGCCAAUUUAUCCAUUUCAGGUAAACGUGCUCUCUCCCAAGACGAUAGUGACAUCUCACAUACGGAGCAUAGUCUGGCGUCUAGACACUCACCAGAUGAUUGCCAUGACUGUCAGACAACCCCAUCUUUGGGAGCUAGAACACUGGAAGUCAAGGCCAACAGUAAAGAGUCUGUCAGUGGAGAGGAAACAACAGUUAAAGUAGGACCUUGGACAGAGCUUCGCAGAGAUGAACUAUUUGUGGAUAAUUUACUACCCAUUUUUGAGUCCUUAGAAUCGAAUGAUAAAUCCAAGACUACGGAAAUAACCCUUGAAAGGGAUGCAGUGCAGGAAACAACGGGUCAUUCUAUGGAAGAAUCAUUAACUAAAUUAAGAAGUAGUCUGCCUGUUCCUUCUACAAAAGAAUAUCAUGUUGUAGUAAGUGGUGACACAAUUAAAUUACCAGAUACUAAUGCCACAUAUGCCUCCUCUAGAUUUUCAGACUCAGGUGUUGAGAGUGAACCAAGUUCUUUUGCAACACAUCCAAAUCCAGAACUGGCCUUUGAAACUCCCCAAGGGCCAGGUCCUUGCAACAGCGAGCGAUUGUUUACUCCGCUCUUGGUGAAGCCUGAUCACAAUGUAAAAUUUUCUCUAGGAAGUCAUUGCACUGAGAGCACAAGUGCUUUAAGUGAAAUACAGUCGUCUCUGACGUCAAUAAAUUCCCUGCCUUCUGAUGAUGACCUGUCAGCUGACGACAGCUGUAGGAAAUGUGCUGUGCCUGAAUGUCAUCCAAGUGACAGGAAGACGGCGUUACAUCUAGGAGCAGUGGAUCUGCCAACGUGUGAUGAUAGUAAAAAGUCAAGCAUUGUUUUACAACAGCAGUGUGUUGUAUUUUCGGGGCAUUUGGACAAUGAGAGUUUAGCCAUGCAUUCCUUAAGUUCAAACAGUAAAGACCCUUUACAGCUUGUUUCCUCAGGCGAAGAUACUUCCAGUGAUAUUAAAAGUAAUUGGGGCUCCAAACCUAAUUUGGACUUGGAUGCUGUCUUUAAAGGUUCUCCGAGUCAUGACACGUGUAAUAACAACUCAGCAGAAACAGUGACAACGCCAAGCUCAACACUGAUUUGCUUGGGUACUCCUUGUGUUGUUUCAGGUUCUAUUUCUACUGACGCAGAGCUUAGUAGAGAUAGAACUGUAGAAAGAAAAAUUAGUGAGCCGUUAAAUAACAAGCAAGUGUAUUCAGAAGCCCGUGUCAUUGAAAGUGACCCACUGAGUACAGGCGACUCUCUUUCCAGCAGUACUGAUGUGGUGAAACAGGGGCUUGUGGAAAAUUAUUUUGGAUCUCAGAGCAAUAUGGAUGUUUCUGACACGUGUGCUAACCCCUACCGCAGCUCAGUGAGCUCUCAGAAGGAAACCUGUGAGAAGGGAAUUAGUGAUCUUCAGCAGGAACAGAGCAAAGACGACGAGGAGGAGGACCAACAGAUGGUUCAAAAUGGGUAUUAUGAAGAAGCAGAUUUUCCAGCUACAGAUGGAGCAGUAAGUGUUCACUACAUAAGUGGAGAUGCACUAGGGGAAGAAAGACAUGAACCAUCCAAAAAAGUAAACAGUGACUAUCUGAGGGCUGGCGUAACGGUUCCUACUGUUUGUACUUCUGGUUGUUUGUCCUUCCCAUCUGCUCCCCGAGAUUCUCCUUGUGGUGUUAAAUAUUCUUCUAGAAGUAAAUUUGAUGCCAUUACAAAGCAGCCAAGCAGUAUUUCUUACAACUUCACUUCUUCAACAUCCUGGUAUGAAAAUUCACCAAAACCUCAAAUACAUGCCUUCCUUCAGGCAAAAGAAGAAUUGAAGCAACUUAAGCUGCCUGGGUUCAUGUACAGUGAGGUUCCUCUGCUGGCAUCCUCCACACCGUACUUCAGCAUGGAAGAAGAGGAUAGUUCUGAGGACGGCGUGCAUCUCAUUGUCUGUGUCCAUGGUCUAGACGGAAACAGUGCAGAUCUGCGACUAGUAAAAACAUACAUUGAACUUGGACUGCCUGGGGGAAGAGUUGAUUUUCUUAUGUCUGAGAGAAACCAGAAUGAUACUUUUGCUGAUUUUGACUGCAUGACUGAUCGCCUUUUGGAUGAGAUCAUACAGUAUAUUCAGAUAUAUAGUUUAACAGUCUCAAAAAUAAGCUUUAUUGGACAUUCAUUGGGCAAUUUAAUAAUCCGUUCAGUGCUUACAAGGCCAAGGUUUAAAUAUUACCUCAGCAAACUACAUACCUUUCUCUCUCUCUCUGGACCUCACCUUGGUACACUCUACAACAGCAGUGCUCUCGUCAAUACAGGUCUCUGGUUUAUGCAGAAAUGGAAAAAAUCAGGCUCUCUUUUACAACUGACGUGUCGGGAUCAUUCAGACCCUCGCCAAACAUUUUUAUAUAAGCUUAGUAAUAAAGCAGGGCUUCAUUAUUUCAAGAAUGUUGUGCUGGUAGGGUCUCUGCAGGAUCGCUAUGUCCCUUAUCAUUCUGCCCGCAUCGAAAUGUGUAAAACAGCUUUAAAGGACAAGCAGUCAGGACAGAUCUACUCAGAAAUGAUCCACAACUUGCUUCGCCCAGUUCUGCAAAGCAAAGGCUGUAACUUGGUUCGCUACAACGUCAUUAAUGCGUUGCCCAACACGGCUGACUCACUCAUCGGGAGAGCUGCACACAUAGCUGUUCUGGAUUCAGAAAUAUUUUUAGAAAAGUUUUUCCUGGUUGCUGCCCUCAAAUAUUUCCAGUAGGACAGAAGCAUCGUUAGAGACUUACCAAUUACCUCAUUCAGCGAUGAUUUAAAUAAUGUAUCAUAGUUGUGUAGAUGCUAAGUUCUAUGACAUAUUUAUAUCUUUUUAUAUGGAAGAUAAUUUAUAUCAUCCAUGUGUAGAGCCUUUUAAACAUCAACUUUACUUUCUAGGUAAUGUGGCUGUGCAAUAUUUUUUUUAAUUUUAUCUUUUUACUUUUCUAUUUUUCAUAUAUUUUGCUACCUAAGUAUUUCAGCAAAAGUUUGUGCCCAUCUGUAUGUCUGGUCAUUUAUUCUUGGCUUCCACAAUCCUUGUUCACACUACAUCACAUUAAAAGCUGUUAUUGAUAGAUAGUGUAGUAUUUUAAAUUUUCUAAUUUGGGGCUUUUAGUGGACAAUAAAUUUUACUUUUAACACUUUAUUCUGUUUUAACUGGAAGCAAAAUAAUGGCUGCUAAAAUGUAUUUUUGAAAUCAAAUUCUUUAAUCCUAAAAUAUUAACUUUACAUUUGAUCAAACCAGGUAGUUCAUACAUGCCAAUGUUUUAAAGGUUUUCUAUAAAGUCAUAUUGUUGCUAUCAAACAUGUGUCAUGCUUAUUAAAGUAUAUUUUUAUUGGUAAUUUCAACAUUAUUUCUCAUGUUGACUUUUAUUACUGGAACUUUUCUUGUUCAUUAGAAGCUUAUAAAGAUAUAAAUCAAGGCCCUCUGCCUUGAUUUGAUUGGAAUUUUGUUGAAUUUAGUAAUAUUGUUUGAACUCUCCACCACAGUUCUUUAACCCUUUUCACAGUUUCUUGUAAAUAAUCAUUAAAUGUUGAAUUUAUGAAAUACUUUUAUGAAUUUAGAUAAUUUUUAAAUACUAUUAAAAUUUAUCAAGCUAAAAAGUGUGUAAAUCAAAUAUCAGUUUAAAAUUGAGAGAUGAUUAGCUUUAUGUGUUUGGUGGUACAGUUUCAGGUGUUUUUUGGUAUAUGGAGAUGUUGAGUCUUUUGACUUUACGAAAGGUGCUGAGCAGCAUUAAAUUCACUACUUUCUCCUCAUGCUUUACUUGUGAAGAUGAUAAAGCACUAAGGGUGGGUGGAAGGGUGUGUUUACAUUCACCAGUUGCAGUGGACAGAGGUUUUCGUUACAUUGUAUUAUGUACAAUUGGUGCAUGUUUGUUUUUAGUGUCCUGUUUAUUGCCUCUGAUGUUAAUAAAUGAGCAGAUGCCUUUCUGGAGGAAUAGCUAA